AUGGAUUUCGUUAGUGAGUUGCCAUUGACACCCACUAAAAAGGAUUCUAUUUGGGUCAUCGUGGAUCAAUUGACCAAGUCCGAGCAUUUUUUUCCAGUUUGGACGGACUACUGUCUGCAGAAGUUAGCGAAGCUCUAUAUCUCUGAGAUUAGAUCCUCUCUUCACUUUUCAAUUUUAGAAGAAAUUGCACGAAGCUCUAGGUUCAAGAUUAGACUUCAGUAUUGCGUUCCAUCCUCAGAUUGUGGUCAAUCUGAGAGGGUGAUUCAGAUACUAGAGGAUAUGCUUCGGAUUUGUGUGAUAGAUUCCCAAGGUAGUUGGGAGGAUUUUCUGCCGCUAGCUAAGUUCACCUACAAUAACAGUUUCCAGCCUAGCAUCCAGAUGAUAAAGUCCAAUGCGGAUCGUCUGAAGAUGGUUUCUGAUAGACAGAAGUCCUAUGCGGAUCUGAAAGGGAGAGAUAUUGAGUACUCUAUGGGUGACCUUGUAUUUCUUAAGUUGGAGCUGCCUCCAGAGUUGGAUUGUAUCCAUGAUGUGUUUCACGUCUCGAUGUUGAGGUGGUAUCGGUCUGAUCCUUCUCACGUUGUCUCUAUUGAGGAGAUUGAGAAUGAGCCUGCUGGUUUGAGUGGUAAGGGAGUUGAUGUGUUGGAGGCCUUGUGUUCGAAUCCCUGCGCUAGUGUGGAUGUUAUUUUUGCUCGGUUGUCUGAUAGAGUUUCGAUGGGUAUAGAAUACUGA